CUGCCAGGCACGGCUCGGCUCGGCGCGGCUCGGCGCAGCCCGGCUCGGCUCGGCGCAGCCCGGCACCGCCCGCCGAGCCCCCCGCCUGCCUCCCGCCCACCCCCGCACCGCCAUGGACGGGGGCGCCUUCGGAGCGGGGAAAGCCGGCGGCGCCUUCGACCCGCAGGCCUUCAUCCGGCAGCCGCAGACCCUGCUGCGGUUCGUCUCCUGGAUAUUCUCCAUUGUGGUGUUUGGCUCCAUUGUCAAUGAAGGGUACGUGAACCGCCUGGACGAGUCAGAAGAGCACUGCAUUUUCAACCGCAAUCACAAUGCCUGCAACUAUGGCAUUACCGUGGGUGUCCUCGCCUUCCUCAGCUGCCUUCUUUACCUGGCUCUGGAUGCCUACUUCCCGCAGAUCAGCAGCGUCAAGGACCGCAAGAAGGCAGUGCUCUCAGACAUCGGAGUCUCGGCCUUCUGGGCAUUCCUCUGGUUCGUUGGCUUCUGCUUUCUAACCAACCAGUGGCAAGCUUCAAAAGAAGAGGACAACCCACUGAAUGAGGGAGGGGAUGCAGCCCGAGCAGCCAUCACGUUCUCGUUCUUCUCCAUCUUCACCUGGGGCAUCCUCGCAUUUCUGGCUUUCCGGAGACUCAGAGACAUUAAUUUUCAGGAGGAAUACAAUACCCUGUUCCCUAACUCCCCAUCCUUGCUGCCUUAGUGCCCCUUGCUGAUGGGAGAAUUUGGGGGAAGGGGUGGAGGGAUGCAGCUGGAGGAGGUCACUGAGCAGAGCCGGUUCCAGUGCCCUGACCAUGGGUGUGUGGUCACUGCAGGGCAUAGGAUGGGAAGACAUGGGCCAUUGAACUGGAGUGGGGUUAUCCACUGAACGGGGGAUCUCCCUCUGGAGAGUUGGAACUGGCAAUUUCUUCUCCUCCUCUGCUCCCUUCUCUCCCUCACCCAUACCCUAACUAAUGCUCUGUAACACCACUGUGCCUUUCUUUAGAUGACUGCUCAGACCUAAUACUUCAGCCAGGAGAUACCCUCUGCCCCCACCACUUUAUCUCUUCCAUUUAUUUCCAGACCUCACUCCCCAAAAACCUCUCCCCCCAUCACCUGCUAGAUUGCUCACUUUGAUCAUCGAUGCUCUGGGACAACAAAUCAUGCCUGCUGGGGUCCACAGUGCUGAACCCUAUGCCCAGGCUCCCUCAGUUCACCAAAAGGUGUCCUGCCUGCAGUGCCUGGGGUAGGAGGCAGCACUUUGUUUGCUGCCUGUGGUCUAGGAAGCAGCCACCUUGCCUCCUGCUGCUCCUUUCCAAGGUCUGUGCUCAUGUGGAUGUUGACUGGUGAAGGGGUUACAGGGGGUGACCUCUACCUCACUACUUUGUGUCAAAUCCUGCUCUUCUUCCUGGCCGCUCCAAGCCAAAUGGCAGCGUACAUCCAGCCUGGCAGCCGAACCCACUGUGGUUUUGCUGAGGCAGAUAUUGCCUUCCCACAGGCAGGAGGGGCAGAAUGGAAUAAGCACGUGCCAACUGAGCCUCUGUGAUCUGUGCCAUGUUGGUGAAACCCCAUUGCCAGGCAGGAAGUGCCCAUCACAUCCCAGAGAGAGCAGAGAGCCCUGGCAGGCUGCACACAGCCAGCUGCACUUGCAGACAUCCCUGCCCAGUGCUCCUCUCUCCUGAUGGGCUCAUGCUUUCUGUGGGACAGCCUGGACUUCCAUGUUCUUGGGGUGUUUCACCGGUGCUCCGCCAGGCAGGCCUCGCGCACUAAUCCGUAACCACUACUAACCCCACUUUUGUUUGUUUCUCUUUUUCGGUACGUUCCCCCUCUUUUUCUCCUCUUCCCUCCCCUCUCUGCUUCCCAUUU